AUGGCGACUCUACGUCGAGAAUGUACUCCUGGCUCAAGCAGGCCAAACACCCCAGCCGUCCCAGCUACGGACAUCCCAAUCUCCCCCUUGGAGGACUGGACUCCGUCCAAGGCUGUCGCCUUCUACCCUUCUCCCGAACGGCCGCAACUAACUUUCUUUAUCUCGGUGCUUCAUUGCCUGAUGGUCAAUGUUCACGACGGCAGAUUGCAGGGAAAUCUGGAGACCCACCACUCUGGCAUGCGCAAGGAUCGCAGCCAUAUCUGGCCGUUUGCAAGUAUUCUCUCCGCCGUCAAGGACUCGGGCUUUGAUUUGUCAAAACUGCCCGCCUUGCGCGAUCUAGUCAACAGUCUCUUCCAAAUGGAUCUGCAUCGCCUGCACCACCCCGCCACCCUCUUGAAAAUCCAGACUGGAAGACUGGGCAAAGAGAUUCAAAUGAGCCGGUUCUUUUUGGUACUAUUUCACCGAAGCGACAGCACAGAGCUGUCCCAGAUCUGGCGCCAGGUUUCGGUAAGGCGAAAGGGCCAAUGCCCCUCCGACGGAGAUCCUACCACCAUUGUGCCGGGAGAAAUCAUCAAUGUCCGGAUGAGUUUGGAUGACGGUGGUGUUCCCGCACUCGAGAUCUUCCAUCUCUACCGGCUCAACAAGGAGACGGAAGAUUCAACCGAGUUCUACCACGACUUCCAAGAAUUCAACAAGCACAUCUGGUUCCAAGAGGCAGAAGCUAGUCACCCCUGCGGAGAGAUGGUGGAUUACGCCCUCGACCACAACUGGCAGGCGAAAUGGUUGGACAAGUGGCUAGACAGGUGGCCAAACCCAUAA